CCGGUUGGGGGUCUGAAGCUACAGCUAGUUAGCUGAAAACCCUCCUUGGAACUGAUCAAACUUCACUCUUUCAUGUUUCUUUACGAGUCCGAGAGCCACAAACACUGGCAAUAAAACGGAAGGAGAAGAAAAGACGAAGUUAGCACAAAAGGUGCAGCAGACAUGUGGCAGCUGUUGGUGAGUAAAGAUGAUGAUAUUCCUGAGCAGCAGGAAUGGAAUCAGAGUCUGGACCAAGAGGGCUCAAAGCUUCCAGACAUUAAAGAGGAACAGAGGGAACUCUGGAGUGAUGAUGAAAACCCACAGUCCUCACAGCUUCACCAAAGCCAAAGAGAUAAGAGCACAGAAGUGGAGCUUCGUUCCAGAAACUCAACUCUUUGGCCUUCCUCUUCUCCUCCUGCCUGGUGGCAUCCUCAAAACAGAAGAACCCUGAAAAGAGAAGCUGAUGGAGACAACUGUGGGGGAUCACAGCCAGCCAGAGACUGCAGUUAUUUCCAACCACAUCGUGAUGACAUGUGGCAGCUGUUGGUGCGUAAAGAUGAUGAUAUUCCUGAGCAGCAGGAAUGGAAUCAGAGUCUGGACCAACAGGGCUCAAAGCUUCCAGACAUUAAAGUGGAACAGAGGGAACUCUGGCGUAACAAUGAAGAAAAGCCACAGUCGUCACGGCUUCAGCAAAGCCAAAGAGAUAAGAGUGCAGAAGUGGAGCUUCGUUCUAGAAACUCAACUCUUUGGCCUCCCUCUUCUCCUCCUGCCUGGUGGGUCCAUCCUCAAAACAGAAAAACCCUGAAAACAGAAGGUGAUGGAAACAACGGUGGGGGAUCACAACCAGCCAGAGACUCGGGUCCAUGCAGUCAUUUCCAACCACAUCGUGAUGACACGUGGCAGCUGUUGGUGAGUAAAGAUGAUGAUAUUCCUGAGCAGCAGGAAUGGAAUCAGAGUCUGGACCAACAGGGAUCAAAGCUUCCACACAUUAAAGAUGAACAGAGGCAACUCCGGAGUUGCGAUGAAGAAAAGCCACAGUCAUCACAGCUUCACCAAAGCCAAAGAGAUAAGAGCACAGACGUGGAGCUUCGUUCUAGAAACUCAACUCUUUGGCCUCCCUCUUCUCCUCCUGCCCGGUGGCUCCAUCCUCAAAACAGAAGAACCCCGAAAAGAGAAGCUGAUGGAGACAACUGUGGGGGAUCACAGCCAGCCAGAGACUCGGGUCCAUGCAGUCCUUUCCAGCCACAUCGUGAUGGUGAGGACCAGUGAACCUGCUUCUUUGAGCCAUGAUUGCAUUUUCUAAAGCACAAAAUGACUGACUGGAAAAUG